AAUAAUCAUGAAGGUAGUACUAAUGUUGUGCAUACUGGCGCUGGCAGCGGCGCGCCCUGACGAGGGUUACAGCACUCGAUAUGACAACUUCGAUGCACAAGAGCUGGUCGAUAACGUGCGUCUACUGAAGAGCUACGGCAACUGCUUCUUAGACAAGGGGCCCUGCACGGCUGAGGGGAGCGACUUCAAGAAACUCAUCCCUGAAGCCCUAAAGACGAGCUGCGCAAAAUGCUCGCCGAAGCAACGCCACCUCAUCCGCAUUGUGACCAAGGGUUUCCAGGAAAAGCUGCCUGAGCUGUGGAAGGAACUGGCCGCCAAGGAAGACCCCAACAACGAGUACCAUGACGCCUUCAACAAAUUCCUCAACGAAUCUGACUACCUAAACAUGCAGCUGUUCGUAGUCCUCUCCGUGAUAGCGGCGGUGGCGUUCGCGCGUCCUGAUGGCGAUUACUACGACUCCAAAUACGACAACUUUGACGUGCAGACGUUGACUGGGAACCAACGCCUGAUGAAGGCGUAUACGAUGUGUCUGCUCAGCAAGGGCAGCUGCACCGCCGAAGGAGCCAGUUUUAAGAAGAUCCUCCCCGAGGCCGUAGCGACGACCUGCGGCAAGUGCACCCCCAAGCAGCGCCAGAUCGUCCGCACCGUCAUCAGAGCCCUCCAGAAGCAGCUGCCCAACGAGUGGGAGCAGCUGGUCCAGCUCCAUGACCCUGAGGGCAAGUACAAAGAGUCCUUUGGCAAGUUCCUGGCUUCAACAGACUAGAACAGCUGGUGUUUUAGGACCAUUCCACGGGCUGUCCCGUACCUACAAACGCAUUUUAGGGCUGAUUUAGACGGACGAUCAAAACCCGCAAUGUAAUGACACUGAUGGCAUGCGAGUUUUCGCGUUGUCUAUUUUGUGUAUUAGAAUUAUAUUUUGGUGAUUUUUUUUCUGGGCUUAUUUUUGACUAUUUGUCAUAAAAAAGAGAACUUCUAUCCUAUAGUACUUGAAAAUUUUGAGAAAAUUUGCGUUUGUACGGGACAACUUUAGACAAUUUCGCGGAAUUUCGUGAUUAUUAACGAUGUGAAGAAUCAAAGCGUUACUGUGAUUUAAUGUUUUGUAAAUAAAUUACUUUAAAGUUAA